GACGAUGACAGUGUUGCCAAGAAGUUGUAUGAAAAUGUCCGAGUGGUCUGUUGAAUACUGACGUCACCGAUGAACUUGGACACGUUGGUCAUAUUAAAUAAAUCAAUUUUUUGUUCAGUUCAAAUCUUUAUUGAAAGUGUGGGUGUGGGGGGAGGGGGUGCCUCUUAGCAUAUUUAAUAUCGUUUUCAGAAUUAAUUUUCAACAAGUGUCUCAAAUGAAUAGGCUGUAGCCUUAUGUAACAAAGAUAAAAAAAGACAUGGCACCUACUUAGGUUAUAAAAACAUUUCUAUCACAUUUAUAUUCGAUCCACAGAAACGAUGGAGAUGAACUAAAAAGAAUGAAACCAGCUCUGAGAACCUUAAACAAUUUUAAUAAUAGAACCUGUUUUUUAAAGAUAGAUAACAAAUGUUAAAAAAAAAAUUACCUCGCUUUAUUGCUUUUCCUUUUUAGAGUGGCAUGGUACGCUCUCCCAUUCAUAAAUAACAUUUUAGUCCGAUAUUUAUGACUCUUUAGGGGAAACAUUAAUUUACCAUUANAAAAAAAAAAAAAAAAAGAACCCCCCACCCUCCCCUCGGGGGAUUUUUAUAAACAAAUGUUUAUUUUGGUUUUUCAUGACUUCCUUUGAAAAUGAAAAAUAUGUUGUAGUUUUUUUGAAUGAACAAAUUAUAAUUACAAAUAAAGUGUGCUCAUAUCUCCCGUUUAGGAAAGCAAUUCACGUGAAGAACACAUGGGCAAAGAGAUGCAAUGUCGUCUUGUUUAUGAGCUCAGUCCAUAACGAAAGUUUCCCCACCAUCGGUCUAAAUGUAACUGAAGGUAGAUUCCAUCUUGCAGAAAAAUCAAUGCAGGUACUAGUCAAUAAAUAAACUACCCUAAAAAACUAACUUGUUUGAUCAAUCUUUUAUGAAAUGCAAUUUCGAGCUCACAUAGAUUCAUCUCUUGUGCAUACUGUAUUUUAUAAGCUCUCAUAGAUUCAUCUCUUGUGCAUACUGUAUUUUAUAAGCUCUCAUAGAUUUAUCUCUUGUGCAUACUGGUUUUUUUUAUAAGCUCUCAUAGAUUUAUCUCUUGUGCAUACUGUAUUUUAUACGCUGUCAUAGAUUUUUCUCUUGUGCAUACUGUGUUUGUUUUAUAAAUUCUCAUAGAUUUAUCUCUUGUGCAUACUGUGCUUGUUUUAUAAAUUCUCAUAGAUUUAUCUCUUGUGCAUACUGUGCUUGUUUUGCUGGUAUCGAUUAAGUUUUCAUGACUCUGCACUCAGCUGUUGUGAUGUCCUUAUUAUUGUAUUGUUACAGUUGCAUCCCUUUGAUGUCAAUAACGCGAGGUCAGUGAUUCUUAAGCUGGGGUGUGAGAAAGCUGACGACGACACGUACGUCAUCAUGGAAAACCUGAGAUAUUUCCUUUCUGCAGAAGACUCCGGGCAACCAGUUUACUUCGGGCAGCGGUUUAUGCCUCACGUCACUCAGGGCUACGCUAGCGGAGGAGGCGGCUACGUCCUCAGCAAAGAGGCUUUGAGGCGGUUUGGACAACUAGGUGUAAAAAACACAUCUCUGUGCAGCAAGUACGGAAUUGACGAAGACGUUAACAUGGGCCAAUGUAUGGCAAACUUAAGGGUUUCUUUAAAGUCAAGUUUGGACUUUUUAAACAGAACGCGUUUCCACUGCUUCAAACCAGAG